AUGUGCUCCAUCUACCUCAGUAGACAGGGCUUGGCAGAAAGGGAGGUAACUGGGAUUUACGGAAUCACAUGGCCAGUCUGGUCUCCACUGUACUUUGCUGUAGAAAACUAUAUCAUUGAUCAGGCCGGGCAUUUGUAUAUCGGACUUAACGACCUCCGAACAGCAAUAUAUGACAGAUAUCUACACAAACCAGAAACAAAGUCAUACUACUUGAAGAGGGUUAUUGCUUAUUUUCAAAAAAAUAGAAAAGGUUCAGGACAUUUUUCUGGAAAGAAGAAAGUGAGCUAUACUGAGUCACGGGUAGCCUAUGAACUGCCAUACCUACUGAAGAGUCUGGGAGACUUAGAGGGGCUAGCAGAUGCCCUUCUGGACUUACAAUUACUACUUACUUUACUGGAUGCGGAUGGAGGGCUGUACCUUAUAGAACUUUGGAAGGUGACUGGUCUACCAUGGCUAGAGGUGGCCAAGCGGUACAUUGAUGCUCUAAAGCAAACAGUAGUCAACAGUUACAUAGAAAUAGAGGAGGAGAAUUUAAUGGACAGUGACUCCGCUGGGGUGAGGGUAAGAUUAGGGAGGGUGGGAGGGGGUGGGGGAGGGAAGUUGUGUAUCCUAGAUACGGUGGUGACAUUGCAAAAUUUCUUUUUAGAAGUUGGAGAUUUCCAUGCAGCAAAAAUGAUUAUGGAGUACCACAUUAAAUUAUGUGAGGAAAACCUAGCAACUGGGAAACUUCAAGACAAGAAAACUCUGAUGAAAGAGAAAUAUUCUUUAGCUUGUUUGAUGGUGGAUCACAGUCAGUUUACUGCUGCUGAAAAACUCCACAGAGAAGUCUUUGAGUUUCGCAAAAGAAUUGUAGAGGAGGCAGGUGAUGCUGUGGAGGAGGACGACAAGUUGGCCUUAGGAACGUCGUACCAUGGUCUACAUGUACUGUACCUACAACUACAGGAUAAUGAUAAAGCCAUGGAGUACUUGGUAAAGUCAAUUAAAUUUGAAGAAAAUGGUAUGCACAAGAGUGACUUAGCUGCUUCGUACACCAACAUGGCCACCAUUAAAAUGAAUUUAGGACUUCUGGAUGAAGCACUGGAAUAUGCCACAAAAGCUUUGAAACUGGAGGAGGACAUCAGUUUUGGCCACUUACCACCAAAGAUAGGUAAUCUCUUUACCAACAUAGGCCUCAUCUACAGACGAAAGGGUGAGCUGGACAAAGCAGAGAAGUUUUACUUCAGAUCCUUACAGAUCAAGAGACAGGCUUUUGGUGAGCUUCACAUUGACAUUCCAUUAUCGUUGAUGAAUCUAGGCACCCUGGAAGGCAUACGAGGGAACCUUGAAAAAUCAUUGAAUUACUUCCAAGAGGGUCUCAACAUUUACAAGGCACUGAACGUGUUGCCAGGAAAUGUCCAGUAUCUCAUGAUACAGGAGAAUGUCCUCCUCACCAAAUGGAAACUGAGCAAAUUUGAGGAAACUCUUGAGGAAUUUUUCCCUUUUUUUGAAGUUGUAGAGAAAGAAGAGAGAGUGGACUUCUGUUUAGGAUGGUUUCUUACUGAUGUUGUCAAACAUCUCAUCUCUGCAAAUCGCUAUUCAGAGGCCUUGAGAAUCACUUUAGCCCUCAUCAACAGUAAGCUGGUCAGUGCAGUCAAUAUCGUCCAUUUAGACCAUCUAGAUACGGAAAUGCAACCUCCAGACAAACGUCCAGAACGUCCAGACAGUAUGUCUCUAGAUCAUGCACUUGAAAAAUGGCCUGAGAGCCCUGAUCUUCUGCGCCAGAAAGCUGUGAAUUAUUUGAUACCAAAUAGAGAUGCACAAGAGUUUGUGAGACUUCUGAACACAUUUCAUGACUGCACGACUCACGGUUCAGCAGUUUACGACUACGGCCUGGAGAUGUUAGAUAGUGAUAAUGUUGAUACAGUGAUGCUGUUAGCUGUAUCAGAGGCAGCCUUGGAGAAAUAUCCUGACAGUGUUGCUUACCUUAGAAAUAUGGUAACUUGUCGUAGAAAAGAAGGUCAGCACGACAUUGCCCUUGCAGGGGCAAAGAAAUUGUUUGAACUUGCACCACAGGAUACUGACAUUGCCCUCUUAGCUAUUUCACAAGCAGUCCUUGCAUGUGAGAUUGAUCUUGGUCGAGAAUAUGCUUACAAAACAAAGGAGCAUUUCCCCGACAGUCAGGAAUUGUUAAGCAAGGUGGAUAAUAUGCAAACUCUGAUGGAUGAAGCAGAGAAAGAAUUGAAAGAACAGAAUAAAGGCGAGUGAACUGCA